CUGAAGAGAAGAAACAGAUAUAUGUUUGCUGUCAACAAAUGGACCCCGGCCUCCUGUCCGAGCUGCGGAUUGUCCUGCUGGGACAAAUAGGAGUGGGGAAGAGCUCCACAGGAAACACCAUCCUGGGAGGGAAGGAGUUUACUUAUGAUCCCAGCUCUACCUCUACAACACAGCAGUGUGAAAAGGGAACAAUACAAAUCAGGAAGAGGACUAUUACUGUUGUGGAUACCCCAGGGUUUCUGGACACACGACUCACAAAAGAGGUGGAGACCUAUAGAAACACUUGUCUAUCUUUGUGUGUCCCUGGCCCCCAUGCUUUCCUCUUGGUGGUAAAAUUGGGAGCAUUUACAGAGAAUGAGACGAGAGCAUCAGAACAGAUCCAAGAGUUGUUUGGAGAGAAGGUUUUGAGGUUCACUCUGGUUCUGUUCACCUGUGGAGAUGAAUUGCAACACCAGACUAUUGAGGAGUUAAUUGAAGAGAAUAGGGACCUGCAAAGUCUGGUUCAACAGUUUGGGGGCAGGUAUCACCUCUUUAACAACAACUAUAUAAGCAACCACAAGCAGGUGAGAGAUUUCCUAGAAAAGAUUGAUUUAAUGGUCAAAGCUAACAAAGGAGGCUAUUACUCUAAAGAGAUACACCAGAAGGAAGUAGAAUUCAUUGGACACAAGGAAUGGAGACUGAAAGAAGGAAAGGAACAGAAAAAACUAGAAAAGAACAGAAUCAGAGAAGAAAUUCAAGAUGCGGAUGAGGCAAAUAAUCAAAGAGCAAAGGGGACACAGGAGCUAAAAAUGAUGAAGCAAGAUGCAAAAGAUUGCAAGGUGCAUGAUGAUACUCCUGAAGAUCCAAAUGAGAGUUUAUUAACAGACCCCAUAAAAGAAAGUGAAGUGAAUUGGAGAGGAUCAUCUAGAAGCCAAGAAGAUGACAUCACUUCUACAAAACAGAGAAGAACAUAG